AUGGCCGCACAUCACCUCGCCGAUCUCAACGGCAAGACCCUGCUCGCCACGUGUAAGCUUGCUCAGGAGCGCCGUGAGCUGCAAGCUGCGGGAAGGCUGAGAGGCAGCAGCUAUCGGCCUCCGUACGAGGUCAGCAGCCCUGCGAGCGUCACAAACGCAGAACUGCUCCAGCUCAAACCGCUCUACCUCGAGCUCAUCAACGAGCCUGCGCUGCACGACGAGUGCCUCAACAUCAUCGAGACGCUGGAACCAGAUGGCGCCGCCGCCGCUCUCUACGUCCUUGAGUAUCCCGGUCUCACCGCACAGUCGCGCUUCGACGAUCCGGAGGCCGGCGCCGAGGAGGCAGCGCUGAUCUCCCUCUUCGAGCACCUUGCCAAGGUCUUGAAAAAGCCUACUCUGGCUGCGGCCGCCGUGGUGCACUGCCAUUCGCUCGUCAUGAGGGGAGUGAAGCUCGUCGUGGACAGCACAGAGCCUGAGCGGGCCUUUCUGCGCCUCUUUGCCAAUCGCGCUUCGAGCCGCGAAUGGCGGUCGGCUCUCGCGCGGUGCCGGCCGGACAUGGGUGAGCUCGCGGACGACAUGCUGAGUCACCUCGACCGCCGCUGUGCCGCGCAGGAGAGGAGAGACAUCCUCCUGGCGCCGGGAGUCGGUGCCAACGUCACGGCUCGCUCUGUGCAGCCGCACGAGGAGGUCUGCGCCGGGCCGGAGUGCACGAACGCCGGCGUACAGAAAUGUGGACGCUGCAAGCUGGUCUCGUAUUGCGGUCCCGUUUGCCAGAAGGCGCACUGGAAGGCACACAAGAAGCUCCAACUUGCGCGUUUCGCAGGAGCGACGCUGCGAGGAAAAACGGGCUUCGACUACAUAAUUACGGCCGACGCGCGCCAAGAUCUGGGCCUGUCAUUUGAGAACGCGUUUAUGGGAAUCGCCUUCAGGACUGCCAAGCUCGUCGCCGGCGACCGCAGCCGCGACCGCAGGCAGAGGCAUGGGGCGCUGUGUCGGAUGUUGGACACGAUCGCGACCAACGCAGUACGUUUCGGCGUCUCGAGGGCGCAGGUGCACACCCAACUCGAAGCCGAGUACGAGCCGUUCAACCCGGAUGGCCCGGCGAGGUUUGAUAUGAGCAAGGGCGACCUUGAGACGGUCAUGGACAGGCUGCCGUGA